CGCGGGGGCGUCGCUCUGCUCCCGGUGUGCGGGCGGCGGCCGCUGCCUCUAAGCAGGAAUGAGCCGGGCUCGCGGCUGAGGCCAUGGCCAGUACAAUGGUAGCAGUUGGACUGACCAUUGCAGCUGCAGGAUUUGCAGGCCGUUAUGUUUUGCAAGCCAUGAAGCAUAUGGAGCCUCAAGUAAAACAAGUUUUUCAAAGUCUACCAAAAUCUGCCUUCAGUGGUGGCUAUUACAGAGGUGGGUUUGAACCCAAAAUGACAAAACGGGAAGCAGCAUUAAUACUAGGUGUAAGCCCUACUGCCAAUAAAGGGAAAAUAAGAGAUGCUCAUCGACGAAUUAUGCUUUUAAAUCAUCCUGACAAAGGAGGAUCUCCUUAUAUAGCAGCCAAAAUCAAUGAAGCUAAGGAUCUACUAGAAGGUCAAGCUAAAAAAUGAAGUAAAUGUAUCAUGAAUUUUAAGUACAUAUUACUUUAUGUAUAUGAGUAUUAACUUUUUAUAAUAAAAUGCCUCAGAGUUACAGUUUUAAAAAAUGAUUUAGCACAAGCUAAAUCUCAAAGCCUUGGUAUAAUUUUUGUUUAAACAUGGGGAUUUUAAAUUAGACUAUAGUUUAGAAUAUUUGCAUAUUAAUUAUGGGCAAACACACCAUUUGAAGAUUAAUAUUGUUCAUUCCUCAUUUGGCAGAUGAUUUGGGACCUAUGUCUACUCUUCAAGGCAAAGUGAAGAUGACAGUCCUUGCUCUCAGGGAGCCCCCACUUUAAUGGGAGGCCAAUAAACUGGUCAUUGGACUGUGAUAAAUAGUAUGAUAGAAAUUCACUCAAGCUGGUCAAGUAGGGGGUCUUAAGAGGUUUUAAAAAAAAAGGCUGUUCCAGGUAGAGACAACUGGCCCAGCAACUUGGAUACUUGGAACCUUGUAUUUAAAAGUGAAUUUAGCCACAACUUAGACCUAAGAAAUUGACCUAGGGGUGUGGGUGGGUGUGUAUGUAUUCUAUUUACAUACAUAUAUUAAUAAACAGAGUAUUUCAGACAUUAAAAACAGUAUGAUAAAGAUUUCAGAGUACCGGUCUGGCACAAUCACAGCUCAUUGCAGCCUCAACCUCCUGGGCUCAAGCAAUCCUCCCACCUCAGCCUCCCAAAGUGCUUGGAUUACAGGCAUGAGAAGUAUUUACUUUGUAUUCAGCUAGCCCCUUAAAGGUACUAACCAUUUAUAAAUUAUUCCUUCAGUUGGUUAUUUCUUGACAAUCAAACUUCUGUAAUUGUUAUGAUUAAGCUUAAACACUGUUAGCAAAAUGAAAUGUCAAUAUCAAAAUAUUCCAUUUGGACUGUUAAUUUAUACACUAAUAAAUGUAAAUGAUGUUUAAA